UCAGUCCAUUCCACCAUGUUCGCUUCAAUCAUCUUCCUGUGGCUCUGCAUUUUCUUCAUCAUCCUUCAAUUCAAGUCCAAGAGGCCCAAGAACUUUCCACCGGGACCCCUCGCCCUGCCGAUAGUGGGAAACAUUUUACACCUGAGCCUAGAGAACCCCCUGAAGGACUUCGAGAGGCUGAGGAAGUCCUAUGGAAACGUCUAUAGUCUGUUCAUCGGUUCCAGACCAGCUGUGGUCAUCAAUGGGGUGAAGGCCAUGAAGGAGGCUUUGAUGAACAACGCCAAUGACUUCGCUGGACGACCCCAAGACCUGUUUAUCAAUGAUACCACCCAGAGGAAAGGAGUCAUUCUGGCAGAUUAUGGCACUAGCUGGAAGGAGCACCGUCGCUUUGCCCUGAUGACGUUGAGGAACUUUGGUCUGGGGAAGAAUUCCAUGGAGGAGAGGAUUCAUGGGGAGAUACAAUACGUCAUUAAAACAGUGGAAAAGAGCGUUGGUAAAACCUUGAGUCCUCAAGUGAUGUUUCAUAAUGCGGCCUCCAACAUCAUCUGCCAGGUCCUGUUUGGUAAACGUUUUGAGUACGAGGAUGAGUUCAUCAGAGUGAUUGUUCAGUGCUUCACUCAGAAUGCCAAGUUAGCCAAUGGACCAUGGGCGAUGCUGUAUGACUCUUUUCCCUUCAUUCGGAAGCUGCCACUGCCCUUCAACAAGGCCUUUAAGAAUGUUGAGAUUUGUCAGAGUCUUGCGAAACGCUUGCUGGCUGAGCACAAGAAAACCAGAGUCCCUGGAAAGCCGCGAGACUUUGUUGACUGCUAUCUGGAUGAAAUGGACAAGAGAGGCGAUGAUGGUUCCUCAUUUUCAGAAGAACAGCUGAGUAUGUAUGCCCUCGACCUUCACUUUGCUGGGACUGACACAACCUCCAACACCCUGCUUACCGGUUUCCUCUACCUUACGACCUACCCACACAUACAAGAACGUUGUCAACAGGAGAUAGACAAGGUGUUGGAAGGGAAGGAUCUGGCCACUUUUGACGACAGACACCACAUGCCUUAUGUGCAGGCUAUGAUCCACGAAGUGCAGAGGAUCGCCAACACUGUCCCACUCAGUGUCUUCCACUCUACGACUAAAGACGCAGAGCUCAUGGGAUAUUCCAUUCCCAGAGGUACACUAAUCAUCCCUAAUCUGACCUCUUUGCUGAGUGAGGAGGGGCAGUGGAAAUUCCCUCAUGAAUUCAACCCUGAAAAUUUCCUCAAUGACCAGGGAGAGUUUGUCAAACCAGAGGCCUUCAUGCCUUUCUCCGCAGGUCCUCGUAUGUGUCUCGGAGAGGGUCUGGCUCGUAUGGAGCUCUUCCUCGUCAUGGUGACGCUGUUGAGGAAGUUUAAGUUCACCUGGCCCGAGGACGCAGGAGAGCCGAACUACACACCAGUCUAUGGGGUCACUCUGACUCCCCAACCUUAUCGCAUGAAGAUCCAACUCAGGGCGGCGCAGUAA